AUGAAGCCGCCUGUGCUAACCGCUCCUGUUCAUGGUUGCCUGCUGAUCCUUUAUAUCUCCGCCCAAGACAGUUCUGUGGGCACCUUGCUUGCUCAGGAAAAUGACAGGGGGAAAGAGAAUGCCCUCUACUAUCUUAGUAGAAUGAUGACCCCGAGCGAGAUAAAGUACUCCCCAAUUGAAAAGCUAUGUUUGGCACUGGUAUUCGCCAUCAAAAAACUUAAGAACUACUUUGAGGCUCAUACCAUCCGGCUUGUUUCCAAAGCAAACCCGAAGUCUGUCAAGGGGCAAGCCUUAGCUGAUUUCCUAGCAGAUCACCCAAUACCUGCUGAAUGGGAGUUGUCUGACGAUUUACCUUAUGAAGAUGUACUUGUCAUUGAAGUCCUACCCCCAUGGAAGAUGUACUUUGAUGGAGCUUCACAUAGAGAAGGGGCAGGUGCUGGAGUUGUCUUCGUCACUCCAGAAGGCGAGGUGUUGCCAUAUUCAUUCACCUUGACCGAGCAAUGUUCAAACAACGUUGCUGAGUACCAAGCAUUGAUACUUGGGCUCGAAAUAGCGGCUAACAUGAAGCAACUGAGAAUUAACAUUUAUGGAGAUUCAAAGUUGAUCAUAAACCAAUUGUUGGGGGACGUCACAAUUGAACAUGUACCGAGGAAAGAAAACAAGCAAGCUUACGCCUUAGCCGCAUUGGCUUCAACUAUUGCUCAUCCUGCAGCCCGAGUACAAGUAUGUCAAAGGUGGGUAGUUCCGCCAAUCUUCAAUGAAGACGACUCAGUUGAUGAAACUAUUAAACUCCCUACUGCCUCAGUUUAUGAUAUAGGCAAGGACGACUGGAGGCAACCACUGGUUGACUACCUCACUGAUGGAAAGUUACCCGAAGAGCCGCGUAAGAGGGUGGAUAUAAAGCAUCGAGCUCCUCGCUUCAUCUACUAUAAAGAGACGUUGUAUCGUCGUUCAUUCGAGGGAGUCUUUCUCCGAUGUCUAGGGGAAGAGGAAGUUUUACAAGCUAUGCAAGAAGCUCAUUCUGGGGAUUGCAUAGAUUACGCUCGAAGGUGUCGAGCUUGUCAAUAUCAUGCAAACUUUAUCCAUCAACCACCAGAACCUCUACACCCAACAGUUGCAUCUUGGCCAUUUAAUGCUUGGGGACUUGAUGUGGUUUGCCCAAUUACGCCCGAGUCAUCUGCAGGGCAUGCAUACAUACUAGCUGCCACUGACUACUUUUCAAAAUGGGCAGAGGCCGUCGCAUUGAAGGAGGUGAAGAAAGAAAAUGUUACAGACUUUCUUUGUGUCCACAUCGUCUAUCGAUUUGGUAUCUCACGAUAUAUCUUCACAGAUAACGGGAAACCCUUUGACAAUAAGUUGAGGGACAAGAUCUGCAAGCUUUUUGACUUCAAGCAGCGAAACUCGUCUGGCUUACUACCCAGCUGCAAAUGGGCUUGCUGA